AUGCAAACACGUUCAAUAUUAGAUACAAGUUCAAAUACUUUAUUUACAAAUAUUGAACGGUUAGGUACACGUGAUUUAUUAUCCUAUGAACAACUUUCAUAUGAUGCUAUAUUAACAUCAAUCCAAAGUAAUAAUACAUUACCAUUAUCAGUUAGUUAAUGUAAGUCUCACAUAUGUUUUAAUAAUCGACAAAUAGAACUCUAAGUUAAAAG